CCCCAUAUUAAAUCAUUUAAAAUCUUUCGAAGUUCAACAUUUCUUCUUGUCAAAUGAUGCAAACUCAAUCGAUGAUCAUCCUUGUACCAAUAAACCUUCAAUUGGUUUCCUCUACGGUAAUGAUUCCAUCUAGUUAUGUUCUCUUAAUGUCUUCAAUUCUUUUCUUUCAAUUCUAUCAUGCCCUUCGAUUAAAUAAAUUUCAUUUGGUUAUUUCAACUUGCUCAAGCCUACCAGUUUAAUAAACCUUCUCUAGGUCUUUUGUAACCACCUUCUACUCUUCUUCCUCCCAACAUCCGGGGGUAUCUGUACCAAUACCAAAAUCUUUAAGCGUCCGAACUCUUUGGUAGAUUUCCGUCCUGCCUCUAUUCACAAAAAUGCCCUUGCAGCCUUCCACUCCCUACUCCCUGUCUUCCCUCUUGCUCUACAGCAUGCCGUCUCCUUUAUCACCACGCGUUACUUGGCCCCACGUAAGUCCGGGAGACUCAGCUUCUCCCUGGAAUUAUCCUCACCUACUCGAUUGUGUAAUACAAUACUUCUUUCUCUCUUCUUUGUCCACCCUAGGUAUAUGCAUUCUUCAAACGGAAAUGUCAAUCCUACAUUGUUUCCGUUGAUUUGUAACUGUUGAACUAAAACUUGGUUAAAUUAGGAAAAUAUUAUCAGUGAUGAUGACCUUAAAUCGAAAACCAAUACAAAAUUUACCACUGAACUUCAUUAAAACGGUUGGGUAACUGUCGUAAACUAAACACUCGACUAGGCAAUUCCGUUCCUGAGUCGGAUUUUGACAACCAGCUAUCUAAGCCCGUUAUUAUGUGAAAUUCAUCUUGUU